AUGUUUUAUACAUCAUUUGGAUCUCAAGUGCUCAAGCAUACCAUAAAGUCAGUGAAUUUCCAAAACGCAUUGCGCUUGUCAAUUGGUAUUAGUGGACUUUGUUCAUCCGCAUUAAUAUAUCAUCAUUACCAAGAUAGACGGGUUUUGCUUUCAGAUGUUUCAAAAGAGAGUUUGAAUUCAGUUGAUGUUGAUAAGAAUGUGGAUCCAUUACCACUAUCAAUGAACCUGUCGACUAGAUAUCAACUAUUAGCCCAUGGGACAAGAGCUGUUACUUUUCUGAAAUUCAAAGUAUAUGCACUGGGAAUUUAUGUUGCAAACGAUGAUAUUUAUAAAAUCCCAAUGGUUCUAAACUCAAACUAUUUAUCACAACAGUUUAUUGAUACAGAUUCAGCUAAGUCACAUUCUGAAAAUAUAUUUGCAGCAUUACAUGACUCCAAAAAAUCAGGUUUUUUGAUUUCAAAUCUUCUUGAUAGCAAUAUCAGACUAGUUGCAAGAAUCACACCAAUCAGAAAUACCGACUUUAAUCAUCUGAAAGAUGGGAUGGUCAAGUCCAUCCUUGCAGCUAAAUAUCAAGAUGAAGGACUUGCAAGUGGUCUGCAGGAAUUAAAAGAUGCAUUUAGCCGUAAAGGGUCUGUCCCAAAAAAUAAUAAUCUUGUUUUGGAAAGGCUAUCUAACGGAGAAUUAGUACUAUCAUAUGAAGAUUUGAAGAAACACGAGUCAUUUGAACUUGGUAGAGUCAAAAACCCAGUGAUAAGUAAGGUAUUAUUCUUACAAUAUUUAAGUGGAGGUUUAAGUAAUAAUACAAAAGAUACAGCGAUAGAGAAAAUUUCACAACUUGUCUGA